AUGGCUACAGGUCUCCCUCGCUCAGCUUCCUUAUCUUGCGAUACUCCAAGUGGAUCUGAUCUCAAGACAAAAUCAAAGCUGCAUAUGGCGCCGUCUAGUAUGGUAUCUGCAGCUUCAAGUCCGUUAAAACCUGGGAUGGAUGUAUCAUUAGAGAAGAAGCAAGGAGAAUAUGAAGCAGAAGUGAAGGCUUCAAUGCAGAAAAAACCUUCGAUAAAUAAAACAAGGCGUGACCGAAGCUCGAAACCAAAAAAGAAGGAUACGGCAUCAUGUGUGGGCUACUAUAUUGAUGCUUUGGACAAGAAAAUGUUAUGGGGUGAAGCCAAAAUUGUUGAUUGCAAUCUUACUACUCAGAAGAUCAAGGUGCAUUUUGUAGGCUGGAAUAGCAACCACGACGUUUGGACGGAUGCCAUGUCCAUUUCGGCUCAUGGCCGCUAUGCUCAUUGCACAAAGGAUAGUAAUGUAAAGAGCUGGAAUGGCGACAUGCACCUUUUUGACGAUAUGCUCGGUCCGAUGGACGAGGCGAUGUUUGCGACAGCGCCAGCUCCACUAGAAAACAAGAAACGGGUCGCUGUAUUGCCACUUUCUGCCGCAAAGAAGGCCAAAAUGAUCAAGAAAUCUGCUUGUACGACGCGCGAUUGCAAAAGUGAGAGGUCAGUGCUGAAAAGAAAAAGUGAUGUGGGUAGUGGCAAGAAGGACCAGGUGAAACACGUAGCUGCAACACCAAAAGUAGUUAAGAGCAACGGGCACAAACCUAAAGUGUCGAAGCAUACAGCACAAGGAGUGAAGGCAAAGAGAAGCGCCGAAGAGAAACGAAAGUUACCACGAGAUACGAAGAAGCAGAAACGAAAACGGCAUCAAUCAAAUGCUGCAACAACAUCAAAGACCCGUCCGUCAGCUAAGAAUGGGGUCAUUCUCCCUAAUGACCUUCCAUUGUUUCGCAACCUUGAGAUGGACGACGGGACUGUGAUGGAUUUCUCGGUGCAUCGUGAGAAGGCACGAAAGGAGCGCGAAGCCAUGGGAAGUUUUCUUGACAAGUGCGCAUUGAUCUGGAAGAAUCAACAAAAAUCACUAUCUGUAGGAUAA